GCUGGGAGUCUGGGCGCCGCGGGUUACACUUCUGAGCGCCUUUCGAGAAGCCACAGGGCAGGGGGAGUCCUGCAGAGAGGCAAAGGGAACGUUUAGCAGGCAGGCCCAGCAUAUGUAGCAGCCCAGUGACAUAUAUAGAAACCUAAGUCAAGCUGGAGGUGGUGUGGCCGGCGUGCUCAUGUGUAUGGACCCUCGUGCAUGUGUGUCUGUGAUGUGGGGGCACCUGUCUUAUGAGUAGGGCCGGGCGUGGCUGCUCCGCGGACGUUCAGUUUCUGUGAGAUUUAUUUCCCGGAGCCUACCUUCCUCUCAGCUCCAGACGGGAACGUAAGAAGUUUAACGUGGCAGGGAUUGAGCAGAUUAAGGCAGUGGGCCGACAAGAGUGAGGACUGCAGGUGCUGGAUGGUAGGGAGCCACCUAUUUGCCCCGUCUCCUCGGCAGAGAGGCACUUGGGAAAGGCGGGCGUGACAAAGGUGGCCCUGAAAUGUCUACAGUGAUGAUCCCUGAGUGAGUGGCUCUAGGCUGACCCGGACAGUCUGUUUAUAAGAGGGAUGCUAGCAGUUAGGAAAGCGAGAAGAAAACUCAGGAUGGGGACCAUCUGUUCCCCGAACCCCAGCGGGACAAAGACAACGUCGGAGGUCUGCAAUGCCGACUGGAUGGCCUCGCUACCCCCUCAACUCCACAACGUCCCCCUUUCCAAUCUGGCAAUCCCAGGCUCCCAUGACUCAUUCAGCUACUGGGUGGAUGAAAAGUCUCCGGUGGGGCCUGACCAAACCCCAGCUAUCAAACGCCUUGCCAGGAUCUCUUUGGUGAAGAAGCUGAUGAAGAAAUGGUCCGUGACCCAGAACCUGACAUUUCGAGAGCAGCUGGAAGCUGGGAUCCGCUACUUUGAUCUGCGUGUGUCCUCCAAGCCAGGGGAUACUGACCAGGAGAUCUACUUCAUCCAUGGGCUGUUUGGCAUCAAAGUCUGGGAUGGGCUGAUGGAGAUUGACUCGUUCCUGACACAGCACCCCCAAGAGAUUAUUUUUCUGGAUUUCAACCACUUUUACGCCAUGGAUGAGGCCCAUCACAGAUGCUUGGUUCUCAGGAUCCAGGAGGCCUUUGGAAACAAGCUGUGCCUGGCGUGCAGUGUGGAAAGUCUCUCACUGAAAACCCUGUGGGAGAAGAAUAGCCAGGUUCUUAUUUUCUAUCACUGUCCCUUCUACAAGCAAUAUCCCUUCCUGUGGCCAGGAAAGAAAAUUCCAGCACCCUGGGCAAACACUACCAGUGUGCGCAAGCUAAUCCUCUUCUUGGAGACCACUCUCAGUGAGCGGGACUCACGCAGCUCCUUCCACGUCUCUCAAGCUAUUCUCACCCCCAGAGUGAAGACCAUUGCCCGAGGCCUGGUGGGCGGCCUCAAGAACACUUUGGUUCAUAGGAAUCUUCCUGCCAUCCUGGACUGGGUGAAAACUCAAAAACCUGGAGCCAUGGGCAUCAACAUCAUCACCUCUGACUUUGUGGACCUGGUGGACUUCGCCACGACCGUCAUUGAGUUGAAUGACCUCCUGCAGGAGGACAGAGCUUUGGCUAAAUGCUGA